AUGGCACCUUCACAGCAACCAGAUUCUGUUGCCAGCAUGGAGAAUUGGGAGUCAUCUCAUCUCGACAGGAUCAUGGAGAAUUCCCCUGAAAUUGAUAAAGAGAAGCUUCUCACAGAACUUGUCACUCAACGCUGGAUUAAAAAUGUCAUCUUCGUUAGGGAUGGACAGAAGUGUAUCAUCGCCAAUGAUAUUGGUCAUCGCAAAGACUUUCGGUACUCAUGGUUUGAAGAGCCCUUUGACGAUAGGCGCCGAAAGUAUCUAGUCGAUCCACGUGGCCGAACACUCAAGGAAAUCGACCAUACAAGCAAGAACCGCAGAGCUUUCAUGAAGGACACCCAACACAAGAGUGAGAAAGGACGGCACUUACCACAAAGCCAUGAUCGUCAUUUCUCCAAACUCCCUCAAGGCAAGUCUGAGUUUGACUUGCUUUCUUUCCUCGAAUUUCCAACCCAGAUUCAACAGAACGAAUCGGGAUCCAUUCCUAACCAUUUUUACUUUCAAUGCCCCAUAAAUAUAUCGAUCAUUAAAGCUAAUUUUCCACGUGCUGCAGAGAUCAUCGACAAGAUGCUAGGUCACCUCGUGCAAAUUGCAGAUGCCGCACUUAUGCCUCGAAUCGCGACGACCAAUUGGAAAAGGAAAUUUAGCGGCUCACCCCACCACACGACUAGUCAGGACUGUGAUCCGUAUACAACGACUGAGGUCGGUGUACUCACCACGACUGUACAUGGCAGACUCUUAGUAUUGCGCAAAGUUCACCAAAGUCAAAUAGACGCUACUUGUCUACGAGUGUGUAAAGCCUGGAACCAGACGGGAGGUAAGUUUUUGUACAGUUUAACCUGCUACAAAUUCGGGACCAAUCAUCCGACUGGAGAUGAAAGUCCCUGGAGUUGGAUUAACGGCAGUUCGUGGCGACCAUCUCCAAAAAACCCUUUUUUCGUAGCUCGAGACGAAUCACCUAGAAUCUUCAAUUCUAAAAUUCAGAAGGGCAUUAGAGACAUUCGGAAGCAAGUGGCGAUCAAGAAAUUAGUAGGAUGGGUAUAUCACGAUCCAUUUCUACGCUUCUUGUAUAUGAUUGGCAUCAAGAAUGCAGCCCUUCUUUGUACCUUGUCAUUUUCUGGUGAGGUUCGCUGUCACCAAUGCGAGCAGGGUCACUUUUGCGAUGACUGUCUUUUGGAGGGCUUUCGGGUUUACAUUCCCGUCAUGAAUGCGCUUUGUCCCAAUGUACAGAAAUUGAUUUUGAAUAUCAAAACAGACAGCGAAGCGCGGGCUGUAAACACAUUCGAAAGGAAGAUCCGUGAGUUUUUCGAGGGAGAACUUCGAAAUUUGAGAUCUCUUAGGGAACUGGUGGUAGUCGAUUUGAUCGUAGAUGGCUACGAACUACCAGAUGGUGAUAUCGGAAGUAUUUCAACCGCUCAACUCGCAGAGCCAACCGUCAUUUAUUUCCGAAAAAGAGCUUCUUGA